AUGGAUGUUUUACACUCGCUCAUGCUUUACGUUUCCUUAGCUCUACUGCGCUCAUCAUCCUCUCAAGCUACUGAUACAACCUUCUCUGGGAACUCAGCUCUAUGGCUCAACUACAAAUCUCCUCCUCCUCCAUUUCACCACAAGCACAAAUCUCCAUCAGCACCACCACCACCUCACAAGUACAAGUACAAAUCUCCACCACCUCCACAUCGUAAAUGCAAGUAUAGUUUCCCACCUCCACCUCCUGUAUAUACCAACAAAUCACCGCCUCCACCAGCCCCUACGUACAGCUACAAGUCACCACCAUCACCCCAUAUGUACAAGUCUCCACUACCUCCUCCUCCUUACAGAUAUAUAUCACCACCACCACACCAUAUAUACAAGUCUUCACCUCCUCCUCCUCCUUACAAAUACAUAUCACCACCGCCACCAUCCCAUAGAUACAAGUCUUCACCACCUCCUCCUUACAGAUAUAUAUCACCACCACCGCCACCUCGUCACAGAUAUUUAUCACCGCCACCUCCUCCUCCUCCUCCUCGUCAUGUUUACAAAUACUUAUCACCACCACCUCCACCAUGGCAAAGUAUGCAUCUCCUCCGCCUCAAAAGUACCACCACCACCACAAACAUAAAUGGAGCCCUUACCCUUAUAUCACUUAUAUUUCACCACCCCCACCAUUACCGAACCAUAAGUACCCAGAUUACACUACGUACAGUUCUCCGUCGCCUCCUAUCACUAACUAUUAGAGUCCUAACUUAUUAUGUGUAG